GGGAGAAUAGCGAAAGGGAGAUAUGGGAGAAGUUGGUCAAUAGGUUUGAAGAUGUAGGGGGAGGUAUUUGAGAAGGAACUUAGGCAGUUUCUAAGCGCAGAAAGCAGCUCACAGCUGACAGCAAGGAAGAAAACAGAGAUAUCAGAACUACAGCCACAAGGAAUUAAAUGCCACCAGCUGAAAUGUGCUUAGACACUGAUUCUUUCUUUGAGUCUCCAGUGCUCUUGGCUUCUUUAUGAUGUCACCUUUCAACAUCACCAGUUUGAACUUACAAUACUUAAGUCCUGGCAAGUCGUAAGUGGGGAAAAUGUCUCUCCCAAGAUUCCAAAGAGUAAACUUUGGGCCAUAUGAUAAUUACAUUCCAGUCAGUGAAUUAAGUAAAAAAUCAUGGAAUCAGCAACACUUUGCCCUGUUAUUUCCCAAACCACAACGGCCAGGAACCAAAAGGAGAUCAAAACCUUCUCAAAUACGGGACAAUACGUUUCCUAUAAUUGAUGAAGAAAAAUUAAGAGGAGAUCGUAGACAACCAUUAUGGAUGUACCAUUCUUUAAUGAGAAUUUCUGAAAGACCAUCCGUUUAUUUAGCUGCCAGGAGGCAGCCUCUCAAACCAACUCAUACUGUCAAGGUGGAUUCUAAAGCAGCAGAAAUUGGUAAGAAAGGUGAAGACAAGACAUUACAGGAGGACACAACAGAUUUGGAAUCAGAAUUAAAACAAGGAAAAAAAGAUUCAAAGAAAGACAAGGAUGUAGAGAAAGGAAAAGAUGACAAGCUCGAUGCAAAGAAAGAUAGCAAAAAGGGUAAAAAGGAUGCAGAGAAGGGCAAAGACUCAGCUACAGAAUCUGAAGAUGAAAAACAAGGUGCAAAGAAAGAUGACAAAAAAGAUAAAAAGGAUUCAAAGAAAGGCAAAGACUCAGUAACAGAAUCUGAAGAUGAAAAAGGAGGUGCAAAGAAAGAUAACAAAAAAGAUAAAAAGGAUUCGAAGAAAGGCAAAGACUCAGCAACAGAAUCUGAAGAUGAAAAAGGAGGUGCAAAGAAAGAUAGUAAAAAAGGCAAAAAGGAUUCAAAGAAGGGCAAGGAUUCAGGCAUAGAAUUACAAGCUGUAAAAGCAGAUGAAAAGAAGGAUGAGGAUGGAAAAAAAGAUGCAAACAAAGGUGAUGAAUCGAAGAAUGUCAAGAAGGAUGCCAAGAAAGAUGCAAAGGAGAUUAAAAAAGGUAAGAAAGAUAAGAAGAAGCCCAGUAGUACAGACAGUGACUCAAAGGAUGAUGUCAAUAAAGAGUCUAAGAAGGACACCAAGAAAGAUGCCAAGAAAGAUACUGAGAAAGAAUCUGCUGAUUCAAAGAAGGAUGAAAAGAAAAAUGCUAAGAAGAAUGCAAAGAAAGAUGAAAAGAAGGAUGCAAAGAAAGAUGAAAAGAAAUCCUUCUUUUCAUCCAAGGGCAAGUAGGCCUUGGAUAAGAAUUCGAACUGAAAGAAUAAUUCAAAAGCGUAUUUGAUGAAACAAUAGUGGUAGUCUGCAGCUGAAUUUGUGAGAAAACAAGAGGGCUCAAAGAAUUAAAUAAUUUUUAAAAGGUGGUAAAGAAGGAUACAAAGGAGAACUCAGAAGAGGUUUAUAAAAAUAUAUAAGAAAGAUGUUAAGAAAAAUUAAAGAGGUAUGCAUUGAAAGACUUGAAGAAUACAUAUACUUAAAUUUGGGGAUAUGAAGGAUUCAAUGAAUGAUCUCUGGAAAGAUUUAAAGAAGAAUAUUCAGAUAAGGAUGUUGAAGAUAAUGACACUAAAUCUAUGGACACACACACACACACAGACAGCUUAAUAAAGGCUUAAAAAAUCCAAGGAGACAGAUGUAUCUAUAGAUUUAAAAUAAUCUCAAGCUGCAUCCACAGAUACAAAGAAAUAUAGGAGCCAUGACAUGAAGUUAAACACCUUGUAGAAAGCCUACUUUCAAGUAAAUAUAGCAUUCCUUUGGAAGAAAAAAAAAAAGUAAAAGAAAAGAAAAAAAAUGUAUUACCGCCUGAUGAGCCUACAUCUUUCUUUCUGAAGUUUAAACAACCACAGUCAUGUUUAUGGUUGUCGGAUGUCACACUUCCAAUCCAAAAGAAGCACACUUGUGGCAUGAUCUCAGGCUUACUGCAAUCUCCACCUUCAGGUUCAAGUGAUUCUCCUGCCUCGGCCUCUCUUGUAGCUGGGAUUACAGAACUACCAUGAAGAUGGAUUGGACAUUACACCACACUGGAAAAGUGAAACAUCUCAUUCAGUUGGUGAUCUUCCUGUCAUGAAAGUUGCUUGACAGCUCUAAUUAUGAAUUGAACACAUUAAACACCUGGUGAAAUUAUCAAUUAAAAUCAUCUACUCACCAUAA